AUGCCGUUUUCCUCCGCACUUUCUGGUUCCUCGACCACCACCUCCUCCCAGAAUCCUAAAUAUGGCAUGUUGAGCGUCGCGAGAGCAAAGGCCAAGAAGCGCGCUCAGGGCGCUCGCGAUGAUGCCUCCGGAAACCUCCCGCCCCUUGAGGCCUUCACUUUUAAAAGCUUCAUGGCGAACGGCCGGGUCGAUUCCGAUGACGCUAGCCACAGCAUCAACGCCGAUCUUGAUCGCAUCGCCGAGAUAUGCGCCCGCUCGCGUUACUCCCUUAGCAACCAAUACGAGGUCCACAAAGCCCCACAUGGCUCGGGCGAGUCCUUCCUCGCCGCCGUCGCGGCAGCCAAGAACCAACCCAUCCAGGGCCCCACACUUCAGGUCGUCUCCUCGGACGACGAGCGGCAGAUGAGACACUCUAGGAGGAGGCGCGGCAUCCGGAGGCGGAGUGUCGCCGUCGGCACCCUCGAGACCAUUAUGUCGAGCAGCCGCUCUUCGGAGGAGGACAAGUCCAAGAAGCACAAGUCUGCCGCCGAGAUUGCCGAGGAGGUUCGAGUAGGGCCGCGGCCCGAAAAGGGUCCGGAACUUCAUCGCCCCCGCAUCCUCAGGGACAGGUGGCUCCUCCGCUCAAACCCCGGCAAGGCGAGUCAUGCCGAGGGUAGCCUGCGCGAACUUCUCAAGAGUUCGAGUCAGGAUAAGCCUGACGCCAAGGGCAAGGGCGUUGAAAGAUCGCAAUAA